AUGGUUGAUGAUUCUUACUAUAUUACACCACAUGAAACUGCAUUGGCAGUUAUAGCAACUGCAAUGAAAAAAUCAAGACUACGACUAGAUACCUUAAUAGUGAAUUCCAUAAUGGGAGGAAUUCUUUUCAGCGCAGGUAGUAUGUUAUACCUUAAUGUAAAUUCAAUGAGUCCUGGGUCAGAAGAGACCUCGCCUGGCUUGCUAAACCAUAUAGGGGCGUUGACUUAUUCAUUUGGACUUUUUUAUGUUGUUAUAUGUGGUGUUGAUCUCUUUAACAGUAAUGUUUUAUUUUUCACAGUUGGUGUUUUGAGAGGUGCAGUGAAUAUAUACGAUUUAUUAAUUUCGUGGUUUGUCAGUUGGUGGGGAAAUUUUGGGGGCACAUUAUUCAUGUGUUAUAUCAUAUGUCACUUAAGUGGUAUUACUUCCAAAACCGAUAUGAAGGAAGGUUCUAAAGCUAUCGUAGAUAAAAAAAUAGAAUACAAUUUUAUUGAAACGUUUAUUAAGGGAAUUGCCGGUAAUUUUUGUGUUUGUCUAGCUGUUUAUUUACAAUUGAUGGCAAAGCCUUUGCAUGUUAAACUACUAAUGAUCAUUUUGCCAAUUUUCACCUUUGUUGCAAUGAGUUUUACUCAUGUGGUUGCAGAUAUGUAUUUACUUAUGAUGGGAAUGAUUAAUGGUGCAGAUCUAUCAAUUGCCAAGUUUGUGUGGAGGUCAAUGCUUCCGGCUACUCUAGGAAAUAUAGUUGGUGGUGCUUUUUUUGGGGCAGUCAUUCCCUUCUAUUUGCAUUUAGUUGUUGUUGAAAGAGAUAGAAAGAGGUUAGACUUGCCAGAAUUUGAAGCUAGAGACGAACAACCAGAAUUAAAUACAGAUUCAAGAGUUGUUAGAUUAUCACCUCCUGAAGCCCAUUGGGAAGAGGAGCAGGACACUUCUUCCGAUGAAGAUGAAGAUGAUGGUAAUGAAACCGAAAAACUUGGAGAAAGCACAAGUGACAGUUAUACUGAUUCAGACAAUGCAGGUGAUAAGGAGUUGAGGCCUUAUACACCUGGAAUACUUGCAAAAAAAAGAACCACACUCAACGAUUCUCUGAAAAAAGUGAAAACAAGAAGAUCACCGGCAGGUGUAUUUCCUGUCAGAGGCAUGGGACCACCUUUAGCAAGAGAACGAACAAUUGUAGACCCAGAAGAUAUUGAUGAAGUUAUUGAUAAAAGUUUACACAAAUCGGGAAAAGAAAGGGAAAGAAAUCGGUCACUUACCAGAGGAAAGACUGUCACAAUUGCGGAAAAUCAUGGGAAUAACUAUAUAGAUAAUGAUAAUGAUAAUGAUAAUGAUCGUCACAGUGCUGGCGACUCUAGUUUAAAUAGCUUUGAUUUGAUGCCUUCCAAUAGCGAUGCAGAUUCUGAAAUAUAUAAUCCAGUGGAAGAAUAUGAAAGAUCUAGGAAUUCAUCGGAUAAUUCAAUAAAAUCACUGUCAAAGCGCGAAACUUUAAAGAAAAUCGAAACAAAACAAUUAAAGAGAUAUGAACAAGAAGGUGGAUAUAAUGUCAUGAAUCAUAAGUUGGGUACUCAGUUAGAAAGGGCAAUUACCAAGUUGGCGCCUAUUAAAAGUUGGAGAAGUAGUUUAGAUGAACAAGAAGGUGAUAGUGCUAAUGUUAACGCAUCUUUACCACGUACUAAUCAAGACUUAGAAAAUAAUGUGUUUACCAGAACUGCAACAGAGGUUCAAACAGCGUCUCCUAAAAUCUUUAAUGCACUGAAAAAAACAUUCACUGUCCGUAAGGAGCCUGAUACUGUAAAUAAUUUUCAUGAUCGUCUAUCAGCGGCCGGAAUUACUCAAAGGGCAGCGGAUGCAUCUGAUUAUAUAUCUGGUGUAGAAGAUUACAAAAAUAUGCAAGUACCAACAAGAUCCGCUAAUAGUAAUGUGGACUCUGCAUCAAUAAAACCAUCAAUUACAGCGCCUCCCAAAGCACUAAAGAGAUCUGUCUCCAAAUAUUACAAUGGCUCGGAAAAUGUAGGUAAUAAAGAGAUAUAG